AUGGACUUUCCGGAGGAGGUUGCACUUAUCGAGAUCGCCGAUCGGUACCGGUUGCAGGAACUGAUAGGAGCAGGGUCGUUUGGUCAAGUAUACAGAGCAAUCGACACCUGGCAGCAUGUCAUUGUCGCGGUGAAGUUGGAACCGUGCGACUUCCGUGUCAACCAGUUGGAAAACGAGGAAGAAGUCUACGGCACCCUCAAGUACGCAGAAGGCUUUCCCGUCACGCACGGGUUCGGCACGAUGGAUGACGUCAAUUACCUCGUAAUGGACCUGCUAGGGCCGUCAUUGGAGGCGCUCUUCCACUUCUGUGGGAAGCGAUUCACUCUCGGGACGGUACUGCGGAUUGCCUUGCAGGCGGUGGACCGGCUCGAAAGUCUUCACGCGAGAGGCUACGUGCAUCGCGACCUGAAGCCUGCGAACUUUCUGGUUGGUGUAGGAGAGCAGACAAGCCUGCUCUACCUCAUCGACUUGGGCUUGGCCGUCCCGUAUAUCGAUAUCGUCACUCGCACUCACGUCCAGUACAACGAUGAACACGAGCUGAUUGGCACCCCGCUCUUCUCGUCCAUCAAUUUACACCACGGUAUCGCCCACUCGCGCCGUGACGACCUCAUCUCACUCGCGUACAUCCUCCUCUUCUUCGUCCGUGGCUCGUUGCCUUGGCAAGGCAUCCCCACUUCGGUCAAGGCCAAGAGGAACGAUCAAUUGACAAGAGCGAAGGCCAGAGCAAAACCGUCGCAGCUUUGCAAGGGGCUCCCUACUCCAUUUUGCGUAUUCGUCGAGUACGUCAUGAGGCUCGAAUUCGAUGAACGCCCGAACUAUCUAUACAUCCGCAACCUACUUCGACAGUGCCGCUCAGGCGUCGUCUCCCGCGCAGGUGAGAGUGAGAACGCGUAUGACUGGGAGCAGAGGCCAGAAGAUCGUGGUGCAAUGUAUAUGACUAUCAGCUGCAAUGUUGGCAGUGUGAGCAAGGCAACGCACGAGCCGAGCCACCCGAGCACAGAGUAG